CCGCGUCCGACGCUUCCGCCCCCCCCCCCCUCUUCCCUCACCCCGACGCGAUGUCCCGCGCCGUGACGGCGUCCGCGUCGGCCCCCUCCGUCGUCCGCCGACUCUCGUCCUCGCGCGCGAGGAACGCGCUGCGAUCGUCGUCAUCUUCGUCGUCCGCGUCGGCGUCCUCUCGAUCCGCCGGUCGGCGUCGCGCGCGGGGGAGGACGUCAACGCUUCGCGUCGAGGCGCUUCGCAACUUCGACUACCCCGAGGCGAUCUUGUUCGACUGCGACGGCGUGCUGUGCGAGACCGAGCGCGACGGCCAUCGCGUCACGUUCAACAUGACGUUCGAAGAGGAGGGCCUUCCGCACGAGUGGAGCGUGGAGAAGUACCACGAGCUCCUGCAGAUCGGCGGAGGAAAAGAACGAAUGACGCACUACUUCGAACAAGAGAAAGACAAUGCGGAGCCGUUCAAGACGAAGUAUCCGUUCCACGACGACGCGCGAAAAGAGUACAUAAAAUCGUUGCACGCGAGAAAAACGGAGCUGUUUUUGGAGAUCGUCACUGCGGGCAAGCUACCGCUGCGGCCUGGGGUGAAGAGACUGAUUCAGGAGGCGUUCGAUAACGGCGCAAAAGUCGCAGUGUGCUCGACGUCAAACGAAAAGGCGGUGCAAGGCAUCGUCGACACGAUGCUUCCCGAGUUCGCGGACAGGAUCCCGGUGUUCGCUGGGGACGUCGUGAAGAACAAAAAACCGUGGCCGGACAUAUACAUCCACGCCGCUGAGACGAUGAGGUUGAACCCGACGCGAUGCGUCGUCAUCGAGGACACGCACAUCGGGUCCAGGGCGGGAAAAGCUGCAGGAAUGCGCGUCUGCGUCACGAAGAGCAUCUACACCGAAAACGAGGACUUUAGCACCGCGGACGCCGUCUUCGACUGCAUCGGCGACGCCGGGGACGAGCGGUUUUCGUUCCAAGACUUGACGACCCCGGGGGCGUUCUGGCAGGGCACGAACUCGAGUUUCAUCGCACCGGGCGCAACUGGGCGCGUCGUCGCGGUCGAGCCACACGAUUGAUCCGAUCUGUCGAUCCGAUCGAGCGCGGUUCGGUUCGGUUCCCGAUCGAACCUCGCGUCGUUCGCGUCUCCUUCGUCUUUUUUACCGGUUCGUUCAAUAAGAUUACGUGUACCCGUACACGUAGGGCUAUAACUGUAAGAAUAGGGCCUACGGCUCAACCCGUCGCUGCCCGUGGACGAGCACGGGAACUGGUACGUCCGCCCGGAAGAGGGGAAGGAAGGCGACGCGCCGGCGGAGCUCACGGCGGCGGAGCGCGCCAUCUUUAUAGACGACCUGGACCGGGCGUGACUGAAUGAUUCCCACACGCCACCGAUCGCGCGGUGCAAUCCGUUCCGUAGACGAUGAACAAUCAUGAACGUGAGGUACGAGCGCGAUUUUCAGACGAUUUCUCAUACAAGACGUACGUGUCUCAGGUUCCCUGCGUCCUGUCAUCAUCAUCAGUUUAGAUUUUUUCUGGAAUUUUCAUGGGAAUUUUUCAGGUUUUUUCCUUGUUUUCCUGGCUACGCAGACCAAAACGUGGUUUUUCACCCGUGUUAUGCUUUUGAUCGGCUCUUGCGAUGAAAAUACCUUUUCAGCAUUUUUGAUCGGAAAAUCUCCAGCGAUCGAUUUGUCGGUCGAAUUUCACAGAUGAGUGAAAAUGAUUGCGGGCGAAAAACCGCAUUCUGGUCUGCGUACGUGUACGUGUGUAUAUCUGAUUUCAAAAAGACUGAGCUCUAACCC